AUGAAUGAAGAUGUAGAUAAUGAUCUUAUUGAUGUUAUGGAUAUGUACAGUGUUGACGAUGAUGAUGAUGAUGAUAAUGGAGACAUCCAGUAUGACGUGUAUUCACCCUCUGAUACUAUAAAACCAAAAAAGGUUCAAUUUCAACAGCAUUUAUCUGAGGAAAUACAUUCACCAUCGGUUGAUGAUCAAAGUGAUAAUCAACGUGAAUGGAUCAAUGACUUAACAGCAUUAGGCUCAUUGAUGUCCCAUCAUGUUGGUGAUGAUGAUUUUGUGGCAUCAGAAAGUAAACUUGUUCGAUCAAAAUUACAACGACUCUUUGGUUUUGUCUUGAGCGAUAUGAAUAGUGAACCAAUGUCACAAGCACUAGGUGAUAAUAUAUCGAAUUUAAAUGAGGUUGAUGAUGCAUUAUUAAAUUUAAAUCGUAAUGCCACAUUAAAAUUUCGAAAUUAUAAACAAUUUCGAGAAGAAUUUAUAGCGGCCACUGAAGAUGGACAAGAUUUAGUUGGUCAACAACAACGAAAUGUAAAAUUGAGAAAACGUGCAUCUCAUAUGCAACGUGAUCAAUUUGGACGAUCAAGAAUAUCGUUAUCAUAUUUUUCAUAUUGGUUAAUUCGAAGUGCUUUCAUUCAAUGGUUUAUAGGCAUAGCUAUAUUUGUUGAUGCAGUAAGUUAUCAUAUUAAUAAAAAGACAAAUUGUGAUAUAUUUAUAUCUAAUUUUGAGGUUUGUGUUGCAAUAACAUCAGAAUAUUCUUCAUCGUAUAUGAUUGAUCAAUCACGUUACAUGUCCUAUAAUAUAGCAUUAUUGAUAUCUCGAUGUGUACUAUUUAUUUACGUUUUUGAAAUUAUAUUAAAAUGGAUUGAUGAUUUUUGGUUUUAUUGGUAUGAUAUUAUCAAUUUAAUUGAAUUAUUAUUAACUGUUAUCUCUAUUGUGAAUUUUAUUACCGAUUUGUAUAAGUCAAGUAUCGACGAUGAAGCAAAUAAAAAUUUUUAUAAUAUAACAACUAAUAUUCAACAGAUAAAUACAUCAUCACAAUUUAUUCAAAAUCAACAAAAACUUACUGAUACACUUAGAGCUAUUCGUUCUUAUGGUUCACUGUUUACCAUAUUGAGAACAUUGCGAAUACUAAGAAUAAUACGAACAUUAGAAAUUGCAUUGCGUUUUACACAAGUUAAAAUUGUUUUUCUUGCACUUUCUCGAUCAGUCAAAAUUAUAUUUCAUGUUGUAUUAUUAACAAUAAUAUUAAUUUAUUUUUUUGCUUUACUCGGAUUAUUUAUAACUCAAUUUGGAUCAUCGAAUGCGACAUAUUCAGAUAUGAAAAAUGUUUGGCCACUAUUCGGCACUGUUCCAAAAGCGUUUAUUACUGUAUUUCGUUUAUUUACAAAAGAUGAAUGGUAUGAAAUUAAAACUCAGUUACGCUAUUUGAAAGUAAAUACAGUUAUUAUCGAUACUUACGUUAUUGUAUGGUUUUUUUUUGGAGGUUAUGUUUUAAAUCCGCUUCUCAUCGGUGCUAUGGUUAAUAGUUUUGAUGAAACAAGAAAAGAGUUGACACAAGGAAUUAAAGAAAUCAUUUCACAUAGUAGUUUAAUAAAACAUAAUAAUUCAACUGGUGAAACAAGAAAGAGUCAUUUAACAACAUCAAUUGCUGAUGAACCAAGUCUUGCAUCAUUUCGCUCAUUAUUAUCAAAAAUGAAUUCAACAACAAGAGUAGAUUCAAAUUUAUCAUCAUUAACUGAUUUAAUGGAUCAAUCGAGUUCAUUUGAAGAUUGGUUACGAAUAAUAUCGGAUGAAAUGCGUUUAUUAGCUCAAGAAAGAGUGGAAACACAAUGGCCAAUCUAUACAGCAUUCUAUUAUCUACAAUUACUCGAAUCAUUAUUUGAAAAUUUAGCUGAAAGACAAUUAUUAUUCGAUUUUAUCACAACAUCAUUGUUAAGUUUACAUGAUAAAGAAACAAAAACAAAUAAUCCACCAAUAUUGUCUUCGGAUGAAUCGAAUUAUGACAAAGAUGAAAGUGACGAAAGUGAAAACUAA